AUGUCAGAAUCUCUAUCGUGGGAUAAUAUAGACUACCCGUUGCAGCCGUGGAUGAAAAAUGCCAUAGAAGUUAUGGGGUUUGAUACCAUGACACCGGUUCAGGCAUCGACAGUGCCAUUGUUCGCAAGAAAUAAAGACGUCGUCGUGGAAUCUGUGACAGGAUCAGGGAAAACCGUAGCUUUCGUGAUUCCUAUAAUAGAAAAGAUCAUCGCCGAGGAAGCAAACACCUCAAAGUUUAAGAAGGGAAAUUUUCAUUCUUUGGUCAUCGCUCCUACAAGAGAGCUUUCAACACAAAUAAAUGAUGUUUUUCAUACUUUUUUCCAGCAUUAUCCUGAAGACCAGCCACCAAUAAAAUGCCAGCUUCUGGUUGGCACGCAUCAAAAGUCUGUUAGGGACGAUGUUGCGACGUUUUUGGAAGAUAAGCCACAAAUACUUGUCGGUACGCCUGGCAGGGUCCUGGAUUUUUUACAAUUCCCAAGCGUCAAAACUUCUUCGUGUGGUAUGCUUGUUCUCGAUGAAGCUGAUAGGUUGCUGGAUAUGAGUUUCAUGGGUGAUGUUCAGAGAAUUUUGAACUUACUGCCGAAGCAAAGGAGGACAGGAUUGUUCUCUGCUACAAUUAGUAGUAUUGGUGAUCUUAUUUUUAAAACGGGGCUGAGAAACCCGGUGAAAGUGACGGUGAAAUCAAAAAAUGCAAGCCCUUCUUCUCUAGGCUUGUAUUAUACGCUAGUUGAACCUCAGGAGAAGUUACAGCAAUUUUUGAACAUAAUGAAUAACUAUAAAUUUAAAAAGUGCAUAGCAUAUUUUCCCACAUGCAUCUCAGUGACUUAUUUCUAUGCUUUUCUAAAGUAUAUCCAAAAUGAGACUAGCCAUCUUGACAGUGAAGUAGAAUUAUAUUCAUUGCAUGGGAAGCUUCAAACAACUUCAAGACUGAAAACACUGGAGAAAUUUACUGAAACACUUGGAAAAUCUGUUUUAUUGACCACCGAUGUAGCUGCAAGAGGUCUGGACAUAUCUGAAGUCGAUUUAGUUCUGCAACUGGAUCCUCCCACGGACACCAGCGUUUUCUUGCAUAGGUGCGGCAGGACUGGAAGAGCCAACAGAGUUGGUAAAGCUAUAGCAUUUUUGAAUGUUGGUAGGGAGGAAGAUUAUAUUCCAUUUUUAGAAGUUAAGGAUAUUCACAUUGAAGAAAUGAGCCUUAAAAGAGAUGGAAUUCCUAGGGAAGACUUUUAUUGCGUAUUCAAAAAUUGGUUAUUAAAAGAUAGAGCAAGAUUUGAUUUGGGAGUGAGAUCUUUUGUUGCUUAUAUUAAGCAUUAUUCAAACCACUCAGCAAGCUCAAUUUUUAGACUUCAAUCGCUUGAUUACGUUGGUUUAGCAAAGCUCUAUGGAUUAUUCCGUCUGCCCAAAAUGCCAGAAAUUACCAAACAUUUCAAAGACAAUAGCGUCAAAGACGGCUGGAUAACUGAAGAUCGUGUGGAUUUAGAUAAUUUUGCCUAUAAAGAUAAGAAAAAGGAAUCUGUAAGACAAUCGGAGUUGAGGAACAUACAAAAGAUACACGAUAAGAAAAAAUUGAAGUUCGAAUUGAAGAAGAAGAAUAUGGCAUGGUCUGAUAAAGCAGAGACGAAAGAGUCAAAACUCGAAAGAAAAGCAAAAUUGGCUCUGAAAAGAAAAGCUCUGGAAGAACAGAUACAAAAGGAUCAAGAAAACGUCGAAAACGAAGUGGAGCAAGAUUGGAAAAGUGUGAUAUUGCAAAACAAGAAAAGAAAAGGAAAUUCUAGCGGUAUACAAGGCAGCUUUGAUGAUUUAUAG